UUUCUCUGGCUUGCUAGUUUUCAUGAAUUCUUUCAUCUUUCUCGAUUCAUUCCCACUUUCAUUUCCUUAUGCAAUCAUUGGUCGGUUGUGGAGGUGUUUGCGUAGUGGUUAUGGCGGUCAUGGUCUGUUUUUGGGUGAUUCAGAUUUUUAAGGAGGCCCCGCAAUUUUUAAAGUGCAUUCGAACAGUCCGACCACUUCUGUCGGAGUUCCACUCGGAAGGAAUUUUUUUGCCAGUAUGUAUCGAAUUUUGAGGAGACAAUGAAUCCCUAAAAUUUAAAUUGAACUGAAUUACAGUUUUGUUGAUGCUGCAAUGGUUUUGUUUGUUUGACACUAGUGGUGGAGUUUCUUUCCGGUGGUUCUUCUUAUUUGAUAAAGAAAGACUCUUCUAAUGGCGAGUUAUCUGUGGAGAAAGUACGCGGGUUAUAAGUACACAAAGCGGGAGAGGACUUUUCUAUGGGACAUGGUAGAGCCAUACACGCGACCCAAAUCCUUUACUCGUCUUGUCACCCUCUAUGUUUCAGCCUUCUAUACUGGAGUUAUUGGUGCUGCCAUUACUAAACAACUCUACAAGGAGAAGUACUGGGAAGAUCACCCUGGGCAGGAAGUGCCUCUUAUGAGGCCAAAAUUCUACUGGGGUCCUUGGAGGGUAAUUAGGGGGGAGGCCUUGUCCCCCCUGCUACCAAAUAUGUGAAACCCAUGGCAGCUACUGGAAAACUUUUCUCAAGAUGUUUGCUAAUCUCAGCAGAUAGUCUUUCAUUGUUCCGGCCCCCAGGCAAUGAUGAAGCUUAUUGCCUGUGAUAAUGCCCCCUGUUGCGGAGUUGAAAACCAUGCUUGUUUAGUAUUUCCUGGCUGAUAUUUACUGCUGAAAAUCCCAACUUUUGCAUGAGAAAAAAUUGUUCUACUAAUUGACGGAGUGUAUAUUUAAAUUCUCCUUAGCAGCUCUUCUUACCUGUCAAGUGCUUCUUAUCUUUUGGGUCAUAAUUCAGAACUAGAUAGGAGUUUGGGGUUAGCUUUGGUUUUUCCUGACUUAUGCCCUCUUUUUUAAUUUGCCAUGGAGCUCUUCUGGUUAAAUUCCAUAUAUAGUUUUCUGCUCAAUUUAGCUUGGCCUAAUUUGUCUUCCUGGCUGAUGAUCAUGAACUAUUGUAAGAUAUGGAACAAUACCAACAGAACCAGUGGCUCCAUCAAGACAACAAAUUGCGAAAGAACGAAUCCAAUCCAGCAUCGGCACACCAAGAUCAUGGAAGGAAAUGGUUCAGCUGCAAUCUCUCAACAUUCCCUCCAAUCUUAACGAAUCUGUGGAGAGAAUCAGAACAAAUGGUGCGUUCUUUCGCGCAAACUACCUUAUUAUCAUAUUGUUCCUUAUCUUCUUCAACUUGCUUUGGCAACCAAUGUCAUUGAUCGUCUUUUUGACAAUGAUAAUUGCCUGGUUGUUCUUAUAUUUUCUGCGCGACGACCAUAUUAUGAUUUUUGGCCUUGUGAUUCAUGACCAACUUGUCAUGAUAGCAUUGUUGGCGGCCACCAUUGUCAUGCUCUCUGUAACCAGUGUGACAGACAAGAUUGUAAUGGCUCUCUCCACUGGGGUGGUGGUGGUUCUGGUUCACGGAGCACUGAGAACCACCAAUGAUUUAGUGGUUGUAGAUCCUGAACUUGGUGGAGAAGGCACAAAUACACCUCUAAGAGAUGCUGCAUCAGCUUCUUAUUCUUUAUCCAUGUGAAUUAUUAUGCUAUUGAUUCACCUUUUUAGUUGUUUGAAAAAAAUGGGUAUACAUUUUUGAAAUCGCAA